AUGUUCGGUCCUUUUAAGUCCUCAAACACACUCCUCGGUGGGCUUCUUUGGAAGAUCCCUUCAACGAUGUCCCGUCCUCAAAAACAACGACAAAGACAUAGACUUCAAGAUGUGGACAAUGUGCUUCAAAACCUGAAAUUAGGACUCCAUGCGGUACGUUCGAUGGCCAAGGGUGCGUCUUACGAGACUGCUGUGAGUAGUAGCAAGCUUCUGAAGCCGCGUGUCAAACAGCUGCGUGUGCUCAAUAAAAAUUCGUUGUUCCCACCUGAAAAGCAGAUGUCGUAUCGCGACAAAUACACUUAUUUCAACAAACAGGCCAAACAGUACCGUAAGGGCAUGCACAUGCUUCCAAAGUGGACGAAAGUGUCACAACGGAGAAACCCGCGGUUCUUCUGA